AUGCGAGAUUCAUACGAUUAUCUUCUUCUCCGCACUGCAAAUUAUCGCUUUUCGCUCUGCUGUCGGGAUACAGUUGCUAAGUGUUUGGAUUUAGAGCUUCCGGAGCAGGAGAAUAUAAGUUUACGCAUUAAUGGUUCUUGCAAUGGAUUGCUUUGCCUCUCUAAUCAUGUAGGUCGGUGUUUGAGGAAUCCUAUAUAUCUAUGGAACCCAUCAAUCAGAAAAUUCAAGAGGCUACCGAAAGGCCUUAUUCAGCACACAAUCCGUUUCGAUGCAACUGGAUUUGGGUUUCACAGUGGGGAAAAUGACUAUAAGGUUGUGAGGAUUGUGAGCUUUCUGGGGAAGAAAUGUAUCUUCGAAGUUGAGGUUUACAGCGUUAGAUUGGAUGCCUGGAAACGAAUUAGCGCAGUUCCUCCUCUUUCACCUAAUGUCUCGUCUUUCAACACUAACUCAUUUGCAUACAUUGAUGGUGUUGUGUACUGGAUUGUAUUGGACCAUUCUCAGCAGUGCACUUCCAUCCUUUCUUUUGAUUUCGUCGGUGAGGUUUUUCAAAAGAUUGUGCUUCCUGAUAAGAUGGGCAAAGGCAUAGAGUUUUUUCACACCAGUAUUGGCGUGUUUGAGAAAUUAGUUUCUAUGUUCCAUUACAGACAAGAUGGGAAGGAUUACUACUGUGACAUAUGGGUUCUGGAAAUGGAGACUUGGAAAAUGAUCCGCACGAUUGUUCUUCCAGAACGUGGAUGGAUAACGUGGCCAUUGGGUUUUAGAGCAACUGGUGGAGUUCAUAUUGCUAUGCUAAAUGGAGAUUUCGUUUUGUAUAAUCCAGAACCACGCCAAGUCAAACCCCUUGGAAUUAAACUUCAUGACGGGUACGUCGGUUCUUAUAGUGAGAGUCUGAUUCUUCUCGAUUGA